AUGCAAAGGGAUGGAGUGAAUAACCUACAUUUAGAGAUUGUCAGUGAUUUGCAACAUAUGUUGGAUGAAAAUAAUGCGUUAGUGAAGUCUUUUCGUAUGGCCAAAGAAAAGAUUGGACAUGAAAAUCAACCCAAUGUAAGUUUGAGGUUGCUUGGUAAGAGAGGUAGGGAUGGAAGAACCUAUAACCUACCGUCCGUUUCUGAGGUUGCUGUACUUGUCGUUGGUGAUUUCGAUGAAGCUUUGGGUGACAGAGAUAUUGUUGUUCAGUUUGUCGUUGAUGCAUACACGAUGAUUGAGACUGGACGUCUUACUUUUGUACGAACCCAUCAGAAAAGGUUUCGGGCUGAAUUGUAUAGUGGUCUGGCGGAAGUUGUUCUUCGUGGUGAGACAGAUGGUUCAAGGCAUGGGAAACGAAUUAUCUUGCCUUCCAGUUUUGUUGGUGGAGCUCGAUAUAUGGUUCAGAAUUAUCAAGAUGCGAUGGCGAUCUGUAGGUGGAUUGGAAUCUUUAAAGUCAAGUUGGAUAAUUUGAUAAGAGAUCUUAAGAGUAAAAAAAUAUUUGGAGCUAUGAAAGCAGUUGUGUACACAGUUGAGUUUCAGAAACGUGGAUUGCCCCAUGCUCAUAUUUUGUUGUUUUUAAGCAAUGAGGACAAACAGCCUAAGCCUCAACGCAUUGAUGAGAUUAUUUCAGCUGAACUUCCCGACCAAGUAGCUGAUCCUCACUAUUAUGAACGUAGAGAUAAUGGUCGUGUUGUUGUGAAGGAUGGUGUGCCCCUAGAUAAUAGAUAUGUUGUUCCAUACAAUCGUUAUCUUCUUAUGAAGUAUGGCGGUCAUGUCAACGUUGAGUGGUGCAACCAGUCGCAAUCUAUUAAGUAUAUAUCGUCUUGUGAAGCUGCUUGGAGAAUAUUUGGAUUUGAAAUUCAAUACAAAGAUCCUCCUGUUGAAAGAUUGAGUUUUCAUCUUCCAGAUCAACAUGUCAUAUUUGAUGAAGCAGCUGACUUGGAUACUGUUUUGAAUCGUAAGACAAUUCAUGAAAGUAAGUUCUUGGCUUGGAUGGAAGCAAAUAAGAUAUAUUCUCAAGGUAGGGACCUCACUUAUGGUGAAUUUCCUACGAAACUUGUAUGGAAGAAGAAUCACUGGGAACCUAGGAAACAAAGAUAUUCUAUUGGAAGGUUGUUUUAUGUUGCUCCUGGUUGUGGUGAUAUGUAUUAUCUCAGAUGUUUGUUAAAUAUUGUUAAAGGUGCUUCCUAUGAAGACAUCAGAUGUGUUAAUGGCAUUCAGUAUGCUACAUUUAGAGAUGCUUGCUUUGCUUUAGGGUUGUUGGAUGAUGAUAAGGAAUAUGUUCAUGGAAUUGUGGAGGCUUCUUUUUGGGCUUCAGCUCACUCUUUGAGAUUGCUGUAUGUGAGUUUGUUAACAUCAGAAUCUAUUUCAUGCCCGGAUUUUGUUUGGCAAAGUUGUUGGAAACAGUUGUCCGAAGAUGUUCUUUAUAGUCGUCGAAAAUUAACAAAUAAUCCUGGUUUGAUCUUGAGUGAGGAUGAAAUUCAGAAUUUGGCGUUGGCAGAAAUAGAGAAAUUGCUGCAGAAUCUUGGCAAAACUUUGCGUGAUUUCCAUGGUUUACCGUAUCCUGAUAUUCAGUAUUUUGAAUCAUGUGAAAAUAGACUGAUUAUUGAUGAGUUGUGUUAUGAUCGCGAUGUUUUACCAAGUGAAUAUUCAGAAUGUAUUUCCAAAUUCACUGACGAGCAACUUUGUGUGCAUGACACUAUAAUGUCGUCUGUGUAUUCAAUGAUGGAGGAAUAUUUUUUGUUUACGGGUAGUGCACUUGCUGAGUUGAUUGUGAGAGCAAAGCUUAUUAUAUGGGAUGAAGCUCCAAUGAUUCAUAAACAUUGCAUAGAAGCCGUGGAUAGAACUUUAAGAGAUAUUAUGCGUGUAUCUGAUCAAUUAAACAUGAACAAGCCGUUUGGUGGAAAAACGGUUGUUUUCGGUGGUGACUUUAGACAAAUUUUGCUUGUUGUUCCUAAAGGCAGUCGUCAAGAUGUUGUGAAUGCUACUAUUAACUCAUCUUAUCUUUGGAAGAGUUGCACAGUUGUAAGGCUGACAAAAAAUAUUAGGCUGACAAAUUUUCCUCUUGGGUUGCUUCUAUUGGCGAUGGUGUUGUUGGUGGUCCAAAUGAUGGGGAAGUGA